UUGAUGCGGGUGUCCGUUCAUGGAACCCGCCGCCGCCGUUGCCUCUGGUUACCCGGCCUCAAUCGAUUCCUCCCCUCUGUCGCUUGGCUGCGAUUCCUUAGACGAAACGAUCCCUCCUUCCUCCGCGGCAUCGUCCGUCGGUUGCAAGCUCCGCCUGAUGUGCAGCUAUGGCGGCCGCAUCGUUUUCCGACCGACCGACAAGGCCCUCUGUUACCUUGGAGGCGAGACCCGCAUGGUCGCCGUCGAUCGGCGUUCACCGCUGGCUGAAGUAUCCGCCAGGCUCUCCCGCGUUCUUCUCGACGGGCGAUCUUUCUCCCUCAAGUACAAACUGCCAGACGAGGAUCUCGAUUCUCUCAUCUCCGUCUCCACCGAGGAGGACCUGGAGAUCAUGAUCGAAGAGAUCGAUCGCAUCUCGACCGCCGGAGGAGACGGGAUUCGCUUACCGCGCCUCCGCCUGUUCUUGUUCCUGUCGGAACAUUCUUCCCGCGUUCGGUCGAUAUUGGAGGAGUCAAAAUCGGAAACUUGGUUCGUCGACGCCCUCAAUAAUGCAAUCAAUGGCAUGGGCAUGGGCACGGGGACCGACGAACUCCCGCGCGGAUCCUCCUCCGACACCGCCUCAAUCAACUGCCUCCUCGGCCUCGAAGACGACUUGUCUAUCCACUCCCAUGGCGGCGGCACCCAGCCUGAGCCUGAACAGCUCGUCCUCACUCGGCCCGACUCCAUGGCGAAGCUUGGUAGCGAUUCCUCCUCCGCAUCUACAUCAUCUGCUCUGUCUCUCUCCAAUCUCCCACCUAUUCCUGUUCCUUCCGAGGAACGCUGUUCCGAUCAGUGCAUCGCCCUUCUGAUCCCCCUCUCAUCCAGCAAUUCCGCGACGCAGAUUGAAGACGAAGAUUUCGAUGAAAAAUCUGAACACGGUGGCAUUCUACAACCUCCAGAGCUCGCCGACGUUGUGGCAGCCAUCUUCUCCAGUUCAGAAUCAAGUCCUACGAAUGUUAUUCAGAACUCCGAUGCAAAGGUCUCUUCUGAUCCCAUUAUCCCAUUUUCAGUAGCAGAAUCUCCCCUUGUUCAUCAACAUCCGUCCCAGUUUAUUGAGGCAAAUGCACAUUACAUCCACCACCCAACAGCCAGUACAGUCUUCCCUGUGCAUCCCUACCACCCUAUUGCAAUGCAGCAACCACCACAAGCCUCCCAGAUUCCAGUAUACUACUUGCCCGUUCCCCAACAUAUGGCAUACCCUUUAUUCUCAUAUCAGCCCAAUUUGAUUGAUCCUGGCUUAAUGACAUCAUCUGGAAAGCCAUCUCUUCCUAUUUCAUGUGCCCCAGAGAACCCUGAAUCGGUUGCCCUUCCUCCCAUUCCUUCUGCAUGCCCUCCUCAGCUGAUCCAGUUACUCCCCAAUCAAACUCAUCCUUAUGCUGGACCGAAGUAUCAUUGGAUGCAGCAUCCCCACCAUGCAAGCAUGGCUAAUUAUGUUUAUGAAAUUUCCGCUGAUUCUGGACGUCGACCUCAGAUGUACUAUUCUCAGGCAUUUUCACAACCACCUUUAGCCUCUCAGUUUCAGACAGUGAACUUGGCAGUCACAGCACCUGAAACUGCUGAUGCUGCUGCUGAAGAUUUGAAGAUAUCAAUGGCAUUGUGAUCACUAGUCAGUAGCCUAGUUGAAAAAACUUCUUGUUGUAAAAUGUUUCAUAUCUUUCCGAAAACUGUUGUUCUCAUGGAUUAGGCUGCAUCUUUCCAUUUCGUCUGUAAUGCUAAAAUUUCAAAGUAGCUAACAUGAAAUCAGAUUAAAUAAAAGGUUCCUUUGCUUUG